CGCGGGGCCUGCCGGGAGCCACGUCUUUGCUGGCGGAGGACCUACUUGGCGCGGCGAUUGGCGUCCGGGCCGCGCGGUUCGGGGGCUGCCGGGAAGAUGGAGGACUCGGUGGCCCCCUGAUGAGGAGGCCGCGGGGGGAGCCCGGCUCCCGGGCCCCGAGACCGACCGAGGGAGCGACCUGCGCGGGGCCUGGGGAGUCAUGCGAGAAGGCUUGGGCAGGGAGACCGAAGCCACUUGUCCAAGGUCACGCAGCUGGGUCUCCAGCACCCAACUCCAUGCUUCGAGUCCUGCUCUCUGCCCAGGCCUCCAGUGCUCGUCUGUCUGGCUUGCUGCUGCUCCCACCAGUACAGCCCUGCUGUCUGGGACCCAACAAAUGGGGAGACCACCGGCCUCCUGGAGGAGGCCCCCAUGCAGGCCCUGUGCAGGGAUUGCAGCGGCUUCUGGAACAGGCGAGGAGCCCUGGGGAGCUGCUACGCUGGCUGGGGCAGAACCCCACCAAAGUGCGUGCCCACCACUACCCUGUGGCACUUCGUCGUCUGAGCCAGCUCUUGGGGUCUCUGCCGCAGCCCCCUCCUGUGGAGCAGGCCACACUGCAGGACUUCAGUCAGCUCAUCAUCCGAAACUGCCCCUCCUUUGACAUUCACACCAUCCACGUGUGUCUGCACCUUGCAGCCUUAUUGGGCUUCCCAUCAGAUGGGCCCCUGAUGUGCACCCUGGAGCAGGAGCGAAGGUUCCGCCUCCCUCCGAAGCCACCGCCCCCUCUGCCGCCUAUCCUUCGAGGUGGGCAAAGGUUGGAAGCCGCUCUAAGCUGUCCCCAUUUCCAGCGGCGUCCUCAGCAGCACCUCAUCCGCAGCCUGGCAGAGGCCAGGCCUGAGGAACUGACUCCCCACGUGAUGGUGCUCCUAGCGCAGCACUUGGCCCGCCACCGGUUGAGGGAGCCCCAGCUUCUGGAAGCCAUUGCCCACUUCCUGGUGGUUCAGGAAGCCCAGCUCAAUAGCAAGGUGGUACAGAAGUUGGUCCUACCCUUUGGGCGGCUGAACUACGUGCCUCUGGAGCAGCAGUUUAUGCCCUGCCUUGAGAGGAUCCUGGCUCGGGAAGCAGGGGUGGCCCCCCUGGCAACUGUCAACAUUUUGAUGUCACUGUGUCAGCUGCGGUGCCUGCCCUUCCGAGCCCUGCACUUUGUCUUUUCCCCUGGUUUCAUCAACCAUGUCAGUGGCACCCCUCAUGCCCUGAUCGUGCGGCGCUACCUCUCCCUGCUAGACACGGCGGUGGAGCUGGAGCUCCCAGGAUAUCGGGGUGCCCGCCUUCCCCGAAGGCAGCAAGUGCCCAUCUUCCCCCAGCCACUCAUCACUGACCGCGCCCGCUGCAAGUACAGUCACAAGGACAUAGUAGCAGAGGGGCUGCGCCAGCUGCUGGGGGAGGAGAAAUACCGGCAGGACCUGACCGUGCCUCCAGGCUACAGCACAGACUUCCUGCUGUGUGUCAGCAGCUGCGGCUCGGUGCUGCCCGUGAGAGCCCAAGACCCCUUCCUGCCGUACCCUCCCAGGUCCUGUCCCCGUGCCACCGGGGACCCUGCCCAAAGGGUGGUGCUGAUGCUGCGGGAGCGCUGGCACUUCUGUCGGGACGGCCGAGUGCUGCUGGGCUCCCGAGCCCUGCGGGAGCGGCACCUGGGCCUGAUGGGCUAUCAGCUUCUGCCGCUACCCUUUGAAGAACUGGAGUCCCAGAGAGGCCUGCCCCAGCUCAAGAGCUACCUGAGGCAGAAGCUCCAGGCCCUGGGCCUCCACUGGGGACCUGAAGGGGGGUGAAGGGUGCACACGGGCUCAGGAUGGCCCCCUCGUGGAGGUGGACAAUUUGCACUUUGCUUCCCUCUGACUUGUCAUUAAAGUCCCUUUCCUUCCCCA